AAUUUCAGUUAAGCUGACCCAGAUUUGUAUUUUGUAAAUCCGGCGGGGCUAUACUGACGAUGUCGACGGAGACUGAGAGCGCAACAAGGUCACCGGCGCCACUGUUGGUUCGGAGAUACUCCUCGAAUGGUGAAAUCAAGAACUUAGCUUCCAUUUCCAGCAGCUUAUUGCCUGCAUUCGGGACUGUCGCCGAAGGGUCUGUGCAGCUCAGAAAAUAUAUAAUCGCUCCUUAUGAUCGCAGAUAUAGGUUGUGGCAGACGUUCCUGGUGGUGCUAGUGAUAUACUCAGCAUGGUCAUCUCCCUUCGAGCUAGCGUUCAAAAAAGUGGCGACCGGCGCUCUCUUGCCUGUUGAUUUGGUGGUCGAUGCUUUCUUCGCUAUGGACAUUGUUAUGACCUUCUUUGUAGCCUACUUGGAUAAAUCCACCUAUCUCCUCGUCGAUCAUCCCAAGAAGAUUGCUUCACGGUACGUUACCAAGUUAUGGUUUCCCAUGGACGUAGCUUCAACCCUGCCAUACCAGGUCAUUUACCGAAUUCUCACCGGAAAAAUGCACCACGGCGAAGUUUUUGGCUUCCUCAACUUGCUCCGGCUGUGGCGGCUCAGGCGUGUUAGCGAACUUUUCACAAGACUAGAGAAAGACACACGUUUCAGCUACUUCUGGACAAGAUACUGUAAACUCAUAGCUGUGACUCUAUUUGCAGUGCACUCAGCUGGUUGCUUCUACUACUGGCUGGCCACCCAUUACCCAAACAAAAGUAAAACAUGGAUUGGAAGUGCAUUGGAUGAUUUUGAAAACCGUAGCAUCUGGGUGGGCUAUACUUAUUCCAUGUACUGGUCUAUCGUCACCCUGGCAACUGUGGGCUAUGGAGAUCUUCACUCACAAAAUAAUGGAGAGAAGGUUUUCAACAUCUGCUACAUGCUCUUCAACAUUGGCCUCACUGCAUACAUAAUUGGAAACAUGACCAAUCUUAUUGUCCACAGUGCUAUACGGACCUUUGUAAUGAGGGAUGCCAUCAAUGAGAUUUUGCGAUAUGCAAGCAAGAAUCGACUUCCAGAAAGCUUGAAGGAGCAGAUGGUAGCACAUGUGCAACUCAAGUUCAAGACAACAGAGUUACAGCAGGAAGAAGUGCUUGAGGACUUGCCAAAGGCAAUAAGAUCCAGCAUUGCCCAACAUCUCUUCCAGGGAGUUGUUGAAAAUUCUUACCUUCUCAAAGGAGUUUCUCAAGAUCUAAUAAUCCAGUUGGUUGCUGAGAUGAAAGCAGAAUAUUUUCCACCUAAAGUUGAUAUUAUUUUACAGAAUGAAAUACCCACAGAUUUCUACAUCAUAGCCUCUGGUGCAGUGGACCUGCUGAUCUACAAGAAUGGAACAGAACAGGUUCUUUCAAAAUUAGGACCUUCAGACAUGGCAGGAGAAAUUGGGGUAAUUUUCAACGUUCCACAACCUUUCAUAGUGAGAAGCAAGAGACUUUCUCAGGUCAUCCGAAUAAGUCAUCAACACUUCAAGCAAAUUGUGCAGCCGCAUAUUGAAGAUGGAAAAACAAUUAUCUCUAAUUUCAUUCAGUAUUUGAAGGGAUUAAAAAGAGAAAUAUUGGAUGAAAUACCAUUUAUAACAGAAGAGCUGGAUGACCUGAAUAAUAAGGAAACAGCAUCUGGAGAGAAAAUAAGAGACCAUGAAGCAUCAGUACUAAGUUGUGAUGGAGAUGCCAACUUAGAAGGAACAGCAACACCUUCUCACCCGUGUUCAAUCAGAUUACCCAUGAGGUUGGUAAUAUAUGGCCAUCAUCCAAACGAAGCUAACAAUAUGGAAGGCAGCAAGAUGGGAAAAUUCAUUCAUUUGCCUGACUCGAUGGAAAACCUUCUAAGAUUAGCAGAGAAGAAGUUUGGGAAAAGAGGGAGUAAAGUUCUCAUGGCUGAUGGCUCAGAAGUGGAAGAUUUGAAUGCCUUAAGAGACGAUGAUCACCUGUUCAUUUUUUGAAGAACGGAUGAUUUUUCACUAAUGUCAACCUCUGUAUACUUGGUUAUGUGCAAGUGGCAAUGUAAAUUAACAUCGUAAUAAGCUAUGAGAUGCAUAAAAUAUAAAUAUAGAGGAGAAAAGGUUCAAUCAUGUAAUAAUAGAAUGAAGUGAUAUCAAUUCAUAUGUAUUUGGGUAACUAUAAAAAUGUCAUACUUUGUCAGUUAUGAUCUUUAAAGACAUCUUUUACAAUUUAAAAGCAUUGUACUAAGCAGAAAAGGUGAAGUUUACAGCUAUCAGCCGAUAUCUCUGUAGCUGAACAUAUCUAAAAGAGUACAUGCUACUCUUGGAAAUGAUCCUUCUCUUCA